GAGAAAAAGACGGGGAAGGAUAGAUAGUGAAUGAGUGUGAGAUAGAUAGAGAGAAAAAAGAGGGGAAGGGAUAGAUAGAGUGAGUGUGAGAGGGAAAGAGAGGGGGAGGGAUAGAUAGAGUGAGUGAGAGAGAGAGAGAGAGGGGGAGCGAUAGAUAGAGUGAGUGUGAGAGAGAGAUAAAAGGGGGAGCGAUAGAUAGAGUGAGUGUGAGAGAGAAAGAGAGGGGGAGGGAUAGACAGUGAGAGAGAGAGGUAGAUAGUGUGUGUGUGUGUGUGUGAGACAGAGAGAGAGAGAGAGCGCGCGCGGUGGUGAGAGGGCCCCGGGGUGGGGAAAGAGGAAAGAGACACCGAGGCCCAGGGAGUGGGAGCUGGGUACCAGAGGGUACCGCAGCCCAGUCACCCAGGGCCGGGGGGGAAAGGGCCAGAGGCCGCCUGUUGUGUGAGUGCAGUGACAGGCCGCAGAGUCUAAAAUGAGCAUAUUUGGAACAAGUGGAGGGUUCGGAACUGCGAGCAUGUUUGGAGGGACAACAACAGACAACCACAAUCCUAUGAAGGAUAUUGAAGUGAUGUCCCCUCCUGAUGACAGCAUCAGCUGCCUGGAGUUUAACCCUCCUACAUUACCGGGAAACUUUCUUAUUGCUGGAUCCUGGGCCAACGAUGUACGUUGCUGGGAGAUUCAGGACAGCGGACAGACUGUUCCAAAGGCCCAGCAGAUGCAUACGGGUCCAGUGCUAGAUGUCUGCUGGAGUGAUGAUGGGAGCAAAGUGAUCACAGCAUCAUGUGAUAAAACUGCAAAGAUGUGGGACCUCAACAGCAAUCAGGCAAUACAGAUUGCACAACAUGACGCUCCCAUUAAAACUGUUCACUGGAUCAAAGCACCUAACUACAGUUGCGUAAUGACAGGAAGCUGGGACAAGACAUUGAAGUUCUGGGACACGCGUUCUCCAAAUCCCAUGCUGACGUUGCAACUGCCAGAGAGAUGUUACUGUGCUGACGUGUUGUAUCCAAUGGCAGUGGUUGCCACUGCAGAGAGAGGACUGAUAGUCUAUCAGCUCGAGAACCAGCCUUCUGAAUUCAAGAGGAUAGACUCUCCUCUCAAGCAUCAGCAUCGCUGUGUUGCCAUCUUCAAAGAUAAACAGAACAAGCCAACAGGAUUUGCACUUGGAAGCAUUGAGGGGCGAGUGGCCAUUCAUUAUAUAAACCCUCCCAACCCUGCAAAAGAUAACUUCACUUUUAAAUGCCACCGAUCUAAUGGAACAACCAAUACGUCUGGGCCUCAGGAUAUUUACGCUGUGAAUGGAAUUGCAUUCCAUCCUCUCCAUGGCACACUGGCCACUGUAGGAUCCGACGGCAGGUUCAGUUUUUGGGACAAAGAUGCUCGCACUAAGCUCAAAACCUCAGAACAGCUUGACCAGCAAAUAGCUGCCUGCUGCUUCAAUAAUAAUGGAAACAUCUUUGCCUAUUCGUCAAGUUAUGACUGGUCAAAGGGUCAUGAAUAUUUCAACCCACAGAAGAAGAAUUACAUCUUCCUGCGUAAUGCUGCAGAGGAGCUGAAACCCAGGAACAAGAAAGGGAUUUGAACAUGCAAUUUUGGUGAUUUUUUUUUGAAACCACUUCAGAGACAGAGCCAUCAGAGAAAGACAUUUUAACUCGUGGAGCCAUAGCUACAGCUGCUGCCUUGAUCUGUGUUGCUCUUGCUGUUUUCUUGGACCACACAGCAUGCCUUGUAUCAGAUUAUCCUGUUUCGUAUAUUUUCCCAUAAUAAAGUUUUCAUUUAAUUAU